AUGUUUCUAUCUUACCAGGACAUAACCCAACCAAGUAGCGGUGGUGGUAUUGGCGCACCCGCCACAUCAGAUGCAACAAAAGAACUGGAUGAUCAAAAUCCUUCUGCUCGUCCGCUGUUAACUGGUCAGGUUCAAACAAACAACAAUGUAUCUGCCGGUGGCGAUAACCAACUGCCUACAUCAGUAUCAACUGCGUUGCAUGAACAUCGAAUGUCCGUAGAUGACAAACAGGCCAGUUUGAAACCAUUAGGUCGGGGAUCUGAUGUUCAAAUGCUGGAAGCUCUCAAAGAUUUAGCUUGUGUGGAGGAUGUGUUUGCUUUCCCUCCAAUAUCACGUUGUACUUUGAGCUUCUACUCGGACGUGGUUGAACUGUCGUAUCGCAAUUUGGGCUUGCGUCGUCCCAAAGGAAUAGCAGCAAAACACCUCUCCUGGUCCACUCCUCGAAUCGCACCGUUCAUAAACGCAGUCGUCGAGACAACUGUGUUAAUUCUGAUUCUGAUCACCUGUAUCGUCGUAUUCCCUGACUCUCGUCAUGCCGCAAACAGUCCACUGUUCUAUAUCAUCGCUGUGAUCGCGUUGAUUUUGCAGGUUCUUUUUCUCGGUCUAUUGAUUGCUGACAUGGUUGCCUGGGCUCGAGAUCAAUCAGGGUCUCGUGGAUCGUCAAAAACCGGCUGCAACUGGCGACGCUGUGCUAUGCGUACAUACAUGGUAUGCUUUCGUUGGCCUAUGCGCAACUUUAUCGGUGCACUACUUCUGUUUCUACCCACUGCGGUCGUUCUCGCGAACUUUACGGGAACAUACUUCACCGGGGUGCAAUCGUAUAACCAGGUGUUCGUUGCAUAUUAUCGUAUCCUUAUUGGAUUAAUGUUUGCCUUCAUGCUGUUCAACUACACCUUGUUCACGACAUUUUCCUCGUGGACGAAGACACUUUCAGCUUGUGUGGGUGGUGUAAUCGCAAUUGUUCUGCUCUUGCUUCCAGCCAGCAUCUAUGCCACCCUACGCACAACCUAUGCAAAAUAUUGGCUCUUUGAGCCGGUCGUUCGCAAGUAUACUCUGAUGGAUACUCCCCUUCCAGCUUGGGCGGCCCCCGUUAUGGAAGAUAGUUUCCCCUGGGAACUGUUAGUUGUAUUGCUCGUGAAUCUGGCCGUAAUUGGCGCCUUGAAUCGGGAGUGUGACAUCAGUUUCCGUCUCAGUUUCCAUCGGGACUAUGAAGCACUUCAAGCUAAACAAGCUAUCGCACACCAAAAGGUUCAAGCUGACUGGCUGUUGGAGAACAUCAUUCCUUAUUAUAUAAUGGACGAUUUGCGUCAGCAUAGCAAAUAUUCCAGACACAUCGAUGAUGCCGCUGUGGUGUUCGCUUGUAUUUCCAACUUCGCAGAGUUCUACGAUGAGCAGUAUCAAGGCGGUCAGGAAAUGUUGCGCGUGCUGAACGAGAUAUUCGCCGAUUUUGAACAUCAGCUUGCAUCAAUACAAUAUAAAGAUGUGGAAAAGAUUAAAACAAUUGGUUCGUGUUUUAUGGCCGCCUCUGGUUUGAAUAUGACCGAGCGACGUCGAAACCGACGGCCUGAUGCGCAUUUGUUUGCGCUGAUGGAUUUCGCAUUGGACCUGAUUCACACAUUAGACGAUUUCAAUCGACAAAUGUUCAACUUCCAAUUCGAAAUGAAAGUUGGCUACAAUAUUGGUGAGGUCACUGCGGGUGUGAUCGGUACGACCAAAUUGUUGUAUGAUAUCUGGGGUGAUACGGUCAAUGUGGCUAGUCGCAUGUACUCCACCGGACAAAAGGGCCGCAUUCAAGUGACCGAGGCGGUAGCCAAACGAUUGGAAUCGCGUUACGUGUUCGAGUAUCGUGGUGAAGUGUUUGUCAAAGGCAAGGGUGAAAUGAAAACCUAUUUGCUAUCACAUCGACGUAACGAUUGA